GCCCUCCAUUUUUUUUAAAAUACAAAUCUGAAAUCAGCAACUCUUCUUCUUCAGUCAGUUCUGAGUUCACAUUCACAUCUUAAUUGAAAGAUUCAAUUCAGUUUCUUGAUAUCUUUUCAGUUUUGAACACCCUUUGAUCUGUAACUCAAUCUGUUCCUAUCUUUCUCUCUCUAUAUCUAUACAUCAAACCUAUACAUACCCCAAAAAGAAAUACUGCUACAUCUAUAUACGAUUCGUUCGAUAAAAUUCUUAUUCAAUCUAUAAAUCUUACAAAGCUUCUAUCUUUAGACUUGAAAUCUGAAUCUUUUUGCUUCGCAAUCGUUGAAUUUUGUUAUCCCUUUUUUUUUGUUUGAGUUGGGGACCAAAACCCUAGCUUUCACUUUCAGUUUCAAAAAACCCUCUUUUUUUUUUCAAACUUCAGUAAUCUUGAGAAUCAGAAGUGAUUGGCUGUGGUAGAUUCCGCGGUUUCUGGCGUUUCUUGAUUUAUUCAGGUGUUUUUUCUUCACUCAAAACCCUUGACGUCGACUGCUGGAAGAUCUAGUUCCUUCUCUUACUUUUCCGGACUAUCAAUGAUGGCUAAUCAGGCCAUUCUUUAUUUUGACUGCAACAUGUGCAAUGUGGUGUAGUUGGAUUAGUUAAUAUUUUUGGAUUGUUGAGAAAUGGUGGAAACGUUCUCUUUUCUCAUUAGACUCUGCUGUCUGCUUGAUACUUUGAUGAGCCUUUCCUCCUUCCCUGGGCUGAGAAAAGCUUCACUUGGGUUGUGGUCUAGAACCCAUCACAGAGUAACUCAUAGGGCAUUCUGUUGUAUCUUACCUGUUAUGAUUGAUUUGAUGAUUAGGUGGUUUAAUAUGACGACAAGUUUGGAAGAGUCAUCAAAGAAAACUUCACGUCCUCAAUUGGUUGUAUUGAACAAGGCGUUCAAAUUGGCUGAGCAAUGGGUCAACAGUAUGGGUAACUCUUCUGAUGAUGCUAACCCAACUGUGGUUGUUCUAGAGAGUCGACCACCCAGGCUUGGAAUUGGUGCUGCAGUUCCACGUCAAUCCCAAACAGUACUCUCAAAUGACCCCGCUGAAAGAAGGCUACGUGCUAAAUUGGAUGCUGAGAAAAGAAGAAAAUUGAAGAGCUCUGAAGCAUCAACAAUAUCCAACAAAGAUGGGAAAGUUGAUGAAGAAAGUGAUGAAGAUGAAUCAGAAAGCAAAUCAAAAGCUUUUACUAAGAAGAGGCCUGCACCUUUGCCCUCGACUCUGCAAGUAAAAAAAAAGAAGUGACUUUGCAUCAUCCAGCAAUGAAUACUUCGAGAUGUGCUGGAGUUCUACCAUAGUAUAAAAUUCUCCGCCUGUCGUUUCUUGUGGCCAUUUUGUAUGUAGGGUGCAGUUUGUUUUGUCAGUGGUGCUUAUUUCUCAACAGCAUGUUCUCCCCCAACCCCCCUCUCCAGCGUGUGCCUUUGGUGACAAACGCUUUUAGAAAACAUGUCAUUCUCUCAUUUUUGUUCUCUUUUGGUUGUAGUUAAUGGAAUAAAGUAAAUCUUUUCUGCAACGAUGCUCAAACACAAAGGACACAUCAUGUUUGGUACUUUUAAGUUUGUUUGUUCUGAUGAGCAUAUAACCAGGCAAAGAGUGAUGAUUAGUCUAGUUACUGCUUUAA